CCACCUCCACCCACCGGCACCACCACCGGCACCACCACCGGCACCACCACCGGCACCACCACCGGCACCGCGUCUGCCCUCAUCCCCUCGGCCCACACGGCCUUCGUCAGCGCCUCGGCUUCGCUCGCCGCGUCUCAACACCCGGCACCGCCUCCUCCACCGCCUCCUCCACCGCCUCCUCCACCGCCUCCACCGCCUCCGCCGCCGCCACCGACGUCGUCCACCACCGUCCCGGCUGCCUCCUCCUCCUCCUCCUCCUCCGCCGGAGCGGCUUCGGUGAAUCUCGGCACGCCGGCGAGGCGUCCGGCGGGCGGUGAUGGAGGUGGAGGCGGUGGUGGAGGCGGUGGAGGCAGUGGAGGCGGUGUUGGAGGCGGUGGAGGCGGAGGCGGUGGAGGCGGGGAGAGGGCGGGCGGAGAGCAGCAGUUGCCCUCGGUGAGCGACGCUCGGAGCGAUCUGCUGGCCGCCAUCCGCAUGGGUAUCCAGCUACGCAAGGUGCAGGAGCUGCGUGAGUUGGAGGCUCACCGCCGAGACCCCGGCGCCAACGACGUCGCCACCAUCCUGAGCCGACGCAUCGCCGUGGAAUACAGCGACUCGGACGACGACUCCGAGUUGGACAACGACGAGUGGUCCGACUGAGGAGACAGACAGGCGACUGAGCAGACAGACAGGCAACAGAGCAGACAGACGGGCGACUCGGACGACGACUCCGAGUUGGACAACGACGAGUGGUCCGACUGAGCAGACAGACAGG